AUGGAAUCAAUCGUCUUUGCUGAAAUAUUGGCUAACGUUCGGUCAAUGAACAUGAGCGUUGGGCUACCUACUGAAAAAACAAGAUCGUCUUUCAAGCUUGGAAUGUACCCUUUAAGAAUUACUUUAGAGCAUAAAAAUAAAUCAACUGCACAGUGUCUACAGACAAUACUGAACCUUCCACAGACUAUUGAAACUGACGAUAAGCCAAUUAUUACUACUUCACAAGAUAGUUUUGAUAUCAGAUUAAAAUUGAGAAGUUAUGUUCGCAAGAAACCUGCAAAACAGCCGAGUGCCAAGGAUAUUCUUCCACCCUUUUCAGCAAGUGAGCUAACAAAGCUCAAAAACAUUCAAUGUGUUUAUUGUAAGAUACCUUUACUUAAAACGAACGCGUUUUCUAAAAUAAUGGAUAUGCCUUCAGAACAUUGGGCGGAACUAAUAGAGUGUUGGAUGUGUCAUCAAGAAGAUUAUCAACAAGCACGAAUGAAUGAUAUAAUUGUUAGAGAACAUAUCGGGUUGGUUGGCAAUACAUAUUUCUUGAUUCAUCCUAAAGAUGUUAAAAAUGAUUCUCUCGAAAUUGAAGAAAGAUUAGCCCAAAUGGAUUGGACCAAAGGUCUUUCUAGAAAAUGGAAGCCUCUAAAUUGUACCAGAUGUUUGUGUCCUAUCGGAGAAGGGUUAUAUCAAAUGACCAAGAAGAUGGACGAAGAGAAUGACGCGUCAGAAUUAUCUUUACUAGCGAUUAAGCUUAAUAAACAGUCUAUUUUUGUUGAGUUAGAAAGUGAUACUAAUGAAUCAAUUACACGAAGAUAUCCAUUUAGUGCAUUUAUAGCUGCUGACCUUUUUGAGGCGGCAAAAGCACAUGCUACUUAUCGCUUUAUAAUUGAAGGACAAAAUUCGAAUCAAACUUAUGCCUUAGUAAGAGCUUUAUAUUACUUUGAUGAUAAUACAUUAACGCAUGAUAGAAUACG